CAGACCUGACCGGGUCCUGCAGUUGAAACGAAGCAGUUUCUGCGUUAGAGCAGUGCACAGUACGCAUGAGCUCUAGCUGAAGAAGGAUGCGGGUUUGCGCGCGCUCUGAUCCAUACAUAUUUUGGAGUCAGGUUCUUAAUUAGAGCGCGCUUGCCGCAUCUUAUAGGGGUAGCGUGAGCGUGUGAGUCUAGUGAAAGUGUGUGUGUGUGUGUCCUGGGAGAGAGUGGCUCUGGGCUGAAGGUGCGCCUGAGCCUCCUGUCUCGUCUCCCUUCCGUCGCCUCUCGUGCAGGGGCCACGUUCCUAACGUGCCGAAAGGCUUAAAGCGCGCACAUCACGCAGACGGCCAUGGCGGAGGAUCCGCAGCACGGGGACACCCACCAUCACCCGGAGUGUGUAAGCGGACAGAGGGACGCUGAUAAAGAGCCAGACAAAGAGGGAGAAAGGGAAGGAAAGAGAGAAGGAGAGAAAGAGGGAGAGGGAUCCGGUGAGACUUUCACCAUGGAGCAGGAGAUGAAGAUCAGCGACGUGGAAGAUAAAGAUCUUCUUGAAAGCAGUCUGCGUCUGAAACCCCAUGAGGCACAAAGUUAUCGGAAGAAGGCGUUGUGGGUAUCAUGGGUGUCCAUCGUGGUGACGCUGAUCCUUGCCAUCGCAGCUUUUACUGUUUCUGCCAUGAGAAGCAGCGCCUCUGCAUUUGGCUUUGCUUUUGACGCCGCACUAGACGUACUGAGCUCCAUCAUUGUGCUGUGGCGCUACAGCAAUGCGGCAGCCGUGCACUCUGCCCACAGAGAGUACAUAGCUUGUGUGGUUUUGGGGGUGGUGUUUAUCCUGUCUGCACUAACCAUCAUGGUUAAGGCUAUCCAUGAUCUCGCUACCAGAGUGCUCCCUGAAGUGGACGACUUCCUCUACAGCGUGUCGGUGCUCAGUGGCCUGGUGUGCACAAUUCUGGCUGUUCUGAAGUGCAUGCUGGGUAAAGUGCUAACCAGCAGGGCACUCAUCACUGAUGGCUUUAACUCGCUGGUGGGCGGAGUCAUGGGUUUUUCCAUCCUCAUCAGUGCUGAAGUGUUUAAGCACAACCCGAAGGUUUGGUAUUUGGAUGGCACUAUUGGUGUGCUGAUUGGACUCAUCAUCCUCGCUUAUGGCAUCAAGCUGCUGAUUGACAUUGUCCCUCGAGUGAGACAAACCAGACACUAUGAGCGCUUCGAGUAGGAUCAACAGCUCACAGUGGAGACAGUGGACUCUAUUUGCAUACAUCCACCAACCCACCCACCCACCCACACAAACACACACAGAAGAGAUUCUCGUCAACAAGGGAAGCACUCACCCACGCACAAACACUCCCAUACAUAUCACACACAAACACACACACACACACACACACACACACACACACACACACACACACACACACACACACACACACA